AUGAAACUCCGCCACAAAGAAAAACGAUACAAUCCACCACACAUCCUCCUCACAAAUGGCCGAUUCCCCGUAUCCCUCGAUCUCGCCCGCCAACUCACCCUCGCCGGAUGUAAAGUCUACUGCGUCGACCCAAUGAAAUACCACGUCUGCCGCUUCUCAACCGCCGUCGCAGGAAGCAAAGUCGUUCCGGCCCCACGCACCGACACACACGGGUACAUCCGCGGCGUAAAAGAAGCCAUCGCAGCCUGGAACAUAGACCACAUCAUCCCAAUGCACGAAGAGGAAUUCUACCUCGCCGAGUCCCGGGACCCGGCUAUACUGGGGAAACUAUUCUGCCCGCCCUGGGCGCUUCUCGUCUGUCUACAUAGCAAGGGCCACUAUGCGCGGAUUGCGCGGGCCUGUGGGCUGGAUACCCCGGACACGUAUAUCUGCAAGAGCAUGGAUGAUGUGAGGCGCCUGGAUACGGUGAAUAAGGAGUGGGCGCUGAAACCUGUCUUCGGGCGCGCGAAUACAAAUGUCUACCAUUUGAAGCCUGGGGAGCCGAUUCCCCAGGAUAUACAGGUGAGCGAGAAGGUGCAGUAUGUUGCGCAGGAGUGGAUUCAUGGGGUGCGGUACUGCUCGUAUAGCGUGUUUAAUCAUGGCACGCUGCGCGCGCAUGGGGUGUAUCCAGUGCUGGAGACGAUCGAUGGUAGUUCGUCUGUGUAUUUCCAGUCCUGCUCGCAUCCCGGAAUCAAGGAGUAUGUGCAGCGGCUGGGUGAGGGGUUAUACCCGCUGCACGGACAGAUAGGGCUGGAUUUUGUCGAAGCGGCGGAUAGACUGGUCACUAUUGACUGCAAUCCGCGGGCAACGAGUGGCAUCCAUCUCUGGUCUGGGAGGCCGCAGCUGGCGCGCGCGUUCAUAAGUAACACGGAUGAGUGUACUGUGCCCCGGCGUGGACGGCUGGGCACGGAGUUCCGCCGACAGGUAUUUCCUGGGAUGAUGAUGUGGGAGCGCAAGGGCGUUAAUAUGAAGCGGUAUCUGAAGCAUAUGUGGCGGUUGGUUAGGGCGAGGGAUGUGGUUUGGGACUGGGCGGAUGUGAUGCCGUCGCUUGCGUCGCCGGUGCUUCUCACGUACUAUUAUAUCCUGUGUAGAGAGCAUCGGCUGCAGCUGGCGGACUUGUUCCAGUGGCAUAUGAUCUGGGAGCCUACGGAGGAGUCGUGGGAAGAGAUUAAAGCGCUUGAUAGAGGGGAGCAAGAGAAGCUUCAAAGACAACGCGAUAGUGGAUGUAUAUGCGAUGAAUAA